AUGUCCCGACAAGAGCCAGAACCAUCGACCCGACAGCGCCAACGCGCCAACACCGCGUCAUUCGCCCCCUUCUCCUGGCGCAAGACCCGGCCUGAGCAGCACACUCCUCCCCCGCCCCCUGUCGCACAGCCAGUACUAUGCUUACAGGGUCUUAUCGACGCCUUGACGCCGCCCUCAGUCCCAAGUUUGGCUCAUGCUCGUGCUCUCGCGACAACCCUCUCAAACCACUCCCCUCUUCCCCGUCGGGAGCUCCUGAACCCCCUUCUCAACGCUCUGUGCGAUGCAGGGUCUCCGCCUGCCGUCCAGGCAGCAGGUUUCGACAUUCUAUCCGCGUAUUGGGAAAAUCAUGAGGCAACGUCUCUUGGGACACCAGAGAGGCUUGCCUACUUCUCUCUCUUCCUCGGAAGCAGCACGUCUUGGGCCGUAGAUCUGUGGGAGCCCAGAUUCAAGGCUCUCAGAGCCCUCACGAAGGACGGUACGGAGAUAAUGGGCGUCGAGUCCAACGUAAUCGACACUCUCCAAUGGUGGAUAGAAGGUGCCUUUGAUGGCCUCAUCAAGCCCCCGUCCUCUAUCGAGCGUUCUGAGCGGACAGAACGCGAGAGGAGUAUCGAGCUUAUCGCCAAGUUCCUCGAAGAUAUCCUCGCGAAGGACAGCAUAAAGUCCAGGAUUAUGGACGAAAAGAUGGCCAAGGUUCUCCAUUUUUACUCUGGCCUCGUCGAUCGCGCUAUUUCUUCCCCCGAUGUCCCUCGAGAACUGCCGCCAACAACGCCCGUUUCUGCCCCCUCAGCCAACUCGACUCCUUCCGGAAGGCAAUCAACGGCAGGCCAUCGCCGCAACCUCUCGUCACUCUCCUCUUCCUCUUCUACCGUCCCACCGCCCCCACCACCUCUCCGAUCUGCAGCAGACUUCGCCACCGCCCUCUUCCUCGACCAUGUCACGGCACAGAUCAAAUAUUUCCCACCCAUUCACCUCAGCCUCAUCCUUCCGGUCCUGUUCCGUGCACUUGCGUUCUGCGCGGCUCCGCUUCCACGACUCUCCGUCAUGCUCCAGUCUCGUAAAAAGAAUAAUCUCGAGGACAAGAUCACAGAGAUGCUCAGCUCCAUCCUGUCGGGGCCAUAUUCCGCCACGUCCAUGCUCGUCCUCCGGCAGCACCUCUUCCCUUCCUCUUCUCCUCAGCCCUCUCGAAUUGCCAUCAUGACUUCUCUCGGUGCGCACCGUACACUGCGCAACCACGUCCGACGCGCGUUGUGUGCAAGGCUUGCACGAGCAUACAUUUCGCGUGAGACUUCGAUGGGGUACUCGCAUUCCGGCGCGCCAGUCCACUUGGAGCUUCAAGUUGACCUGAUGGAGAGGGCGUGGCCCAAGGACGACUACACCGCGUCUUCUGUGGGUGUUGGUGGUAUUGGGUGGGACGCGGCCCGUCUGGGCAAGGCUCUAGCUGAGAGUGUCGGUGCGUGGAUCAAGCACGAAUUCGACGAUGCCAAUGUCAAGUCGGAGGAAGAGAAGAGGGGUACAUGGGAAAAGGAGAGGGAAGGGAAGGACGAGAUCCUUGAGGAGGCUGCUGGGAUCCUGAAGGAUAUCUUACAGGAGCUGGAUUUGCAAGAGGAGGACGAUGGAGGGAUGGACGAGGAGGAAGCAGAAGUUGUGGGACGGACUCUUCUACAACUGUCAGGCUACGUCUUGCCUCUGAAAAACCAAGACGGGCUGCCUUUCAUCAUUCCUAUUGGCCACCCUGUUGACGCGCCGACUCCCAUCCUGCGGACCGUCUCCUCCCUGCUCUCGCGAGACUACUCCAGGGCACUCAACCCUCUUCUCUCGACCAUCCUUAUUCACGUCGCCGAGCAUCUUACCGACAGCGAUACCUCGCGCCUGCCCAUACUCAUGAUGGAGCAGCAGGACCUCUCGCCCACCUCGCCCGAAUGGUUGGACAACUGGCGUACUCUGCUCGAGAACCAGACACUCAUGGCGCCUGACCGACCGUUGACGAGAAGGACGAUCGUGGAGGCGUUGCAGAGCGUAUACAUCAGCGUGAAGGAUAUGACGCGGUACCGUCGUCCUCUGGGUGACCUCGUGGCAAGCUUCUGUGGUAGGAUCGCCCCACAAAGCGACGACGCGGACGUGAUGUGGAAGAUAUUGGGUGAAGAAAUCGUUCUACGCAAUGCAGAGCAAGACGAUGAAGAAGACUCUGCCUUCACUGCAGAACUCAUGUCUCUCCUUGACUUGCUCGUCAACGUUGCGUCUGAGCAACCGCCAGAGGAGGAGGAAGUUGAGAGCAGCCUGGAAACGUCCUCGAUCAACACCGCAGAUACCCAUUCUCCUGGUGGAACGUCGACUAUCGUUUCGCCGACCCUCUCGCGGCUCCAUACCGACACCAGCGUCGUGUCUCCACACCGAGAGAGGGAUUCCGGGCUGCCGUCAGUGAUGUCCAUCCUGACCUCUCUGGCAGCUGGCGGCUCCUCGUCACGUUCGCAGUCCAUGAACCCACACCCACAAGACGACAUCAGGGAGGAACCAGAAGCGAAUUCCCAGCGGGACGACGUGCCCUUGGUUCCGCGUGACGUCUCAGCCGUAGCUGCUCUCGUCGAGAUCUUCUGCCAGCUCACAUUCACGCCAUUCGCCCUGCAACCAAAGAAUCUGCGGCUGGCGGUGCGCGUGUAUGAAAUGCUACUUUGCAUUCUGUCGAAGGGGAAAUCCAACAGGGCGAGGAUAACUGCGUUGCAAUUCCUCAUGCGGCUCAGAGCUGAUCGCGACCACCGACUCUACUUCGCGAGCGAGGCCUACGAUCCCAACGGCCUCAUCCACUCUCUCGCCUCCUUGAUCGGGCGUGUGGGCGAUGCAGACCAGAGACCAUCGUCGAAUGAUAGAGCAGGUGGAAUGGAAGAACCUAUGAGCCCAGAUUCGGUCGACAUUCGUAAAGCUCGAGCACGAUUCCCUCAUGAACGCGAUGGACGUCAGGUUUCUAGCGGAAGAGGGGGAGGCGGUCCAUCUCGGUCCGGCGCCAGCAGGAGUCGUUCUCGUGCUCCUCGACCACUAGCCACUCCUUCAACACCUCCAAAACCCGUUGAACGACUAUGGCGCAUACCAGAGUCUUCUUCACUUCCAUUCUAUGUCUCAGGGCCUGAUUCACCCUCCGAAGUCCUAAUGUCCUACGAUCCCGACGGCCCCGACAGGGUCCUCGUCCUGCCUGUCUCCAAAUACCUCCAAGCGAUCAAUGCGAUCCUCGAGCGCGAAUUGAGUUGGGAGGUGCUAUCGUAUGUGCUGUGUCAUUUGCCUGUGCAGCUCGCGAAUAAGCACCUGUUCUGCGGGCCCAAGUCGCGUGCAGCGAUCUCGAAGAUGCUGCCAAUCCUAUGCACGGGUAUCAUCAAUGGUGAGCUCGGAGGUGCAGUAGAGAGCUGGCCGCCAGGGCUCAAGGCGCGCGAUGCGCAUGGGUUAGCCUACCAAACCCUCUCCGUCCUGAUAAGCUAUCGACGGUGCUUCGACCUGCAACAGUGCCACUACCUGGUGGAAGUCUUCCAGGCAGGGUUGAACGGACAGCUAUCGACAAUCAAAUGCUGUCUGCAUGCUCUAUCACUUUCAGCAUUCGAGCUGCAACCGUCGAUGACCAAGUGCCUUUCUCGGAUCCUCGAAAAGCUGUCGCAGAUCAUGUCCAACCCCAACAUGGCCGUGCAUAUCCUCGGUUUCCUCUCCAUCAUUGGUUCCUUACCUGCCUUGCACGUCAAUUUCACAGAGGCCGACUUUAAGAUGGUUUUUGGUGUUGCGCUUCAAUAUCUGCAGCACUACAAUCGCCUCCAUGCUUCUUCAACCAACGCCAUCACGAUGUCGUGGGCACUCUCGCAGCAUGUCCGAAUCCUCUCGUACUCGGCGGUGUACAUCUGGUUCCUCGCAGUUAAGCUCCCUGACCGACCUCGUCACAUCAGGUUUAUUGCGCGGCAGCUCUUGCUCGCAAAUGAGGGAAACGAGCAGGUCGACGGACCGACGGAGGUGUGCUUCGACUGGCUAGCGCGGUACACGUACGCCAGUGCCGACCCACGUCCUGCGCACUCGACGUUCUCCGACAUCGUCCUAAGCUCAUCGGACAAGGCACCAGAAAACCAGAAGACGUGGAUUUUAGGCCACUCGAUCAUGACAAUACGCGCACUUGCUCGGUCGGGCUGGGUUGAAGUUAUGUCACGACGGCCCUCUGGGUUCUCGCGAUUCAUCUGCCGCAUUGAGAACGUGCCCAUGGUCGGUCCUGGAGACGUUACACCGGAUUUGUUAUCAGUGCCCGCUAGCCUUAUCAUGGAGAGAAACCCGUCUCGAUUAACUCUUAACGUCGAUGGAGAGGGCCUGGAGAAUGGCGGCCCCCCGAAGGAACGAGCUCAUGGGCUCAGCCAUGUCGCCGAAGGAUCUGGAGGCGAACCUCCCGUACCUGAUCCUAUUACUGGCUACGUCUGGAGCGGCACUGCUCCAUCUCAGCGGCGAAAACAAGUCGAGAUCGACCCUUCUUUCCUGAUUCUCCAACUUUCGCCCAUACCUGAUGGCACCACGCCGCCCUUUGUCCGCAGAGUUCCGGAUUCUGCAGCACUCCCUCGAUUUGUUACCACUCUUGAUCGAAUUCCCGUCAUCGACACGCACAAAGUUGGCAUCAUGUACGUCGCACCAGGACAAUGCGAGGAGACAGAGAUCCUUCGAAACGUGCAUGGAUCUCCCGCUUACACUCGCUUCCUCGAAGGCAUCGGUCGGCUCAUCAACCUUCGGGGUCAGAUGGACGUGUAUGCCGGUGGGCUCGAGCCAGAUGAGGAUGGAGAGUAUGCGUACGCCUGGUGGGACGACAUCGGCCAGAUCCUGUACCAUACUGCGACGAUGAUGCCCACUGUUGAUAUCGACCCUCAGUGCAACAACAAGAAGCGGCAUAUUGGCAACGACUACGUCCGCAUCGUCUGGAAUGACUCUGGGAUGCCCUACCGCUUCGACACGUUGACCACCCAGUUCCAGUUUGUCAACAUCGUCGUCGAGCCUCAUUCUCUUGGUUCCAUUGCGGCCUUUUCCAACAACCUCCACGAAAACGAAUAUUUCAAGGUUACGGUCCAGCUUGCUCCUGGCAUGACCGAAUUUGCGCCUAUCGGUCACUUCAAGCUGAUCUCGGCGGAGAAUCUCCCCCUCCUCGUGCGACAGCUCAGCCUCCUUGCCGACUGGUUUGCUUCAGUUUUCUCCCACACCCAGCACGACACCGUGCGUGUUGAGAUGAAAACAAACUGGCAGAACCGCCUGGAAGCUAUCCGACGCUUUAAAAACCAGCUUCCUCCAGAUGAACCACUGGCUGACCUGGGUGACGGUGUCAUGGGCCAAGAGGCUUUACGUGACUUCACCACUUCGUUCUAA